CAAACUUACUGAGAUAACUGAUAAGGUGAUAACGAAAUUCUCGUUGCGAGACGUCGUGUUCGUACGCGAUCGCGUACUUUUUUUUUUUUAAUAUUUAUUGCUUAAUUGUUAUGAUGAUUUGAAUAAACUUUGAUCUCCGAGUUUAAAACAAAACGGUAAUUACAGGUUGCCGACAUUAUCUAUCUUCUUGUGGAUAUAUAUAUAUGUGUGUGUGUGUGUGUGUGUGUUCGUAAAAUUUAUUUCAAAUGACCGGGAAAUGGUAUUUCACAGAAAUUGUAUUCGUUCGGGAAUUGGAUGUGGUUUGAAACAAGUGAAAUAACAAUUGACAUUCUAUUAAUCAAUUUGCAACAACGAUGGCGAAAGCCAUAAUGAACGACGAAUGGAAAACUUUGUAUUUGGCUCGAGCAUUAUAUGAUGCAGUCGAAGAUUGUAAUAUUCAGCAAGUCAAUUCUCUUUUAUCUCAACAUAAAGCCAGUCCUAAUAUUCUGAUUCCGGAAGAAGGCAUGACAGCAUUUCAUUUAGCUGCAGGGCAUGAAAACUUGGCAUUCGGAAAAGUAGCGACAUCAUUAUUUUUACAUAAUGGUGGUGAUCCUAAUGUACUUUGUGAAGGAAAUCGCACAGUUCUACAUAUUGCUGUUGCAUGGAAUCGUUCUCAGGUUGUUAGAAUUUUGCUCAGAAGUCCUUACAUUAUACCAAAUCCGUACAUAAAAGAUGAAGAUAAUCUCAAUGUAUUUAACUAUGCUGUGAAAUUUAGUGCGUGGGAAUCACUUGCAACUCUCCAGUCUUACAUGAAACAAUCAAACUACACGAGUAAUUUAAAAAAACAAGUCUCUAAUUCAAUGCAAUCAAAACGUAUUAAAGAAAAAUAUUGUAAUCCCACAAAAGCACAAAAUAUUGAAACAUCGAUUGGUGCUGAAUCGACACUUGAUAAAUCUAAUAGAUUACAUACAAGUAGUGGAUAUCUUAAUAGCGGUGAAAGUUUAGAUAGCAUUUCCAAAUCGACAACAUUUGAUUCAGUUGGUCAAAAAAAUAAUAAUAUCGAUGAAUGCAUAUUAACUUCAACAGCUUAUUCUUUUGACGAUAUUUUAAAUAAAAAUGUUUCAUCAGAUGAUCAUUUUACUGGAUUACAUAAAAAUGAUAUUCCAUCGAAAAUUUAUUGUGAUGGAUCCAUAUUGAGUUCAAUCAAAUGCGUAUCAGAUGAAUUUGAAAGCAUAGAAAACAUGAGUUUUCCAUCUAGUAAUUUAUUCAGCGAUUCUGAAUUGUUUGACCUUGAUGUAGUUGAAUUAGAAGAAAAAAAUAUUUUUAACCAGAUAGAAACUACAUCUUUAAGUGAUUUAAGUGAUAGUGACUUGAUGUCAGAUAUAUCUGGAUUAUCUAGUUGUUUGAGUUCUGAUGAUUUUUUUACAUGUCCAGAUACAAAUUCUGAACGAAAAAUUCUAAGUAGUAAUACUUAUAAGACUGACAUUGAAUUGGAAGAUAUUACAAAAAGCUUAUCAAUGACAAGUAUUUAUGACUCAAUAAGCAAUUCAAUUUGUGCAGCUGAGUUAAAGAAUCUAGAAGUUUCAAAUAUUAUUAAUUCUUUAAAUGAAUGCAGUAGUAGUUUAAAUGAAAUUGCAGAGUAUGAUACAGAUUAUGUCCGUGAAAGUCUUAGAGAGUAUGGCUAUCCUCCAGGACCAAUAGUAGCCAGUACAAAACAAGUUUAUGUAAAAAAACUUAAUCAAAUAUUGCACGGGCAAACAAAACAGAAGCGUAAUGAUGAGCCCAUUAAUAAUUCAUCUGGUUCAUAUAGUAUGCAGUUGACUAAAGUUUUAACUGAUGACAAGUACAAUUCAUGGAAAAAAACAUUAAAAAGUUGGAGCAUUCUAGAAGAUUCCAUUGUUUGUGCUAAGAGUGGUUCAUCAUUUACAUAUUUAUUAUUAGAUCCACGUAUAACAAAUAAUCUUCCCGCUCGAGCUGAUCAGAUGAAUCCCAUUGAAAUAUGGCAGACAUUUAUUAAAUCAAUAUUUUACAUUGGUAAAGGCACAAAAUCUAGACCCAAUGAUCAUAUGAAUGAAGCAUUCAAUUCUUGGGUUGGAAACAAAAAUCAAGAUAAAAGCCGCAAAACAGAAUAUAUUUUGAACCUAUGGAAGGAAAAAUUGGGAGUGGUUUGUGUACAAGCAUUCCACCAUUUGAUGAUAAAAGAAGCACAUAUUCGAGAAGCAGCUAUGAUUGAUGCAAUUGGAUUGGACAAACUUACAAACGAGAAGCGUGGUACAUAUUAUGAUAUCACAACUCGAUGGUUGAGUAGUGAUCGAUGUAAACUAGGUUGCCAUCUUUUAUAUCGUGCCAUGCUUGUGUUUUUAGCUGAUGGUGAACGCCAACUACGACCAGUUGAUUUGACUUAAUUGUUGACAUACUAUUUUUACUAUAGUAUAUAUUCUAAGUUUUUUUUAAACACUGGCUAUGAUUAUAGAUCUAGUCUUUUUUUUAAGUAUUAGUUGUAUAGAAAUCUAUAUUUCUGAAUUUUAUUAUAUUUUUAUUGGUGUAUUUUUUAUACUAUAAUAAUAUUACAACAAUUA